GUACAACGUCCCAAUUAUUAUAAUCGGGCUUCUGAUAACGACCUUUCGGCCGCUUGUGCAGCUGCAACACCUUCCACUCGGUCCGCUCGAGUUGGGGAUGAAAGCUCUGAACUUCCGUUAGGGUUGAUAUAAUGCUGAGAGUCAACAAUGGCGUGCUAGUCGUGCCUCCGUUCGAGGCUGCGUGGCUCACUGGCGAGGGUUUCACACUGCGGAAUGGCACCGGCUGCGUGUCGUUUGAGGCAAAGGGUGAAACAGAUGUCACAGUCAUUCUCAAGUCCACGCCUGGGGCAAAGCGACUGCAGCCAUUGCUGCGACAGACCGCAACUGCUGCCAGUGGGGCCGGGCACAGCGGGGGCAACGCGCUGCAGGUGGAGGAGAACUACACAAUCAUCUUCGGAAGCCACCGGAACAGCUGCCUCAAAAUCGAGAAGAACGGCGUGACGCAGUGCAUGGUGGGCGGCGUGCCCUGCUCGCGGGUCAGCGGCAAGGUGUUCAGCAAGUUCUGGAUUGACCUCAACCAUGGGGUGCUCACUGUUGGGCACGGCGAGCCAGGGCAGGGCGUGUGCCACCAAUGGCGCGACGCGCAGGAAAUUCCCGGCAUUCAGCACAUUGGACUGAGCUGCUGGGACCGGCACGUGUCGUACCGCUCCAUUGCGCUGCACGCGCCGCUUGACUUCUCUCGCCUGCAGCGCGAGGCAGCCGCGCAGCUGUCCGCCACCUCCUGCCCCGUGCCCUCGCUCUUCGACGCCACCUGCACCGCCAUCAUGGCCGCCGCCACCCCCGCAAACAUCUGCUCCGCGCUGGCGGUGGCAGAGCUGCUGCUGCCCACCACGCAGAAGCUGUACCGCUUCUGCCUGGACUUCAUCGCGCGGCACUUUGAGACCGUGGUGGCGCUUCAGGGCGACGGGCAGCUAGACCCCUGCUGCGAUCCGGCAGCACUGGCGCAGGCGCAGCAGCUAGAGCAGGCGGCUGCGGCGGCGGGGGCAGCAGGCGGAGCGGCAGGCGAGGCCGGGGCGUUUGGUGCGCCGCCUGGGGCGGACGAGGGCGGGCUGCUGUCUGUGUCGGCGGCAGCCAUGUGCGACCUGGUGUGUCAGAAUACCUUCAGCGUGGAUGAGCAGGGAAUUUACUGGGCGGUGCGGGAUUGGGCCUGCCAUCACGUGGCUCAGGCGGCGGCGACAGCACCAGGGCCGGAAAUGCCGAGACCGGCCGCAGUCGCUGCGCCCCCGGCUGGGGCAUGCGCGCCCGGGCGAAAACACUCAGGGGACUUUUCAGGCGACUCACCGCGAGCUGCUGUUCACGCCGGAGGGCCGCAGCAGCGCGUUGCGGGCGGCAGCCCCCGGCGGCUGUCCGCACCGGAGCUGGACGUGUCGUCACUGGUAGCGGCCCUUAGCGCCGCCGCAGCCGCGGCCGAGCUGCAGCAGCAGGAGUGCGCGGCACACAACAACAGCACCGACGGAACGGAGCCACACCUCACAGCCGACCCCGCAGCGGUGGACGGCACACAUCAGCAGCCCCAGCAGCAGGGGCAGCCAGCAGGCCGCUCACCGGCGUCCCACCACCUGCACGCCCAGGCAAGGGAGGACGCCGCGCGCGUGCUAAGCCUCAUCCGCUUCCCGCUGCUGCCCAUUGAGCAGCUGCACGGCUGCCUGGCGGACCCGCUGCUGGUGCAGCUGCCGGCGGUGCUGGCGCUGGUGCACGAGGCGUUGGACGUGCACCGCCGCGAGACCGGCGCCGUGCUGGCGCCGCCGCAGCACCAUCUGCAGCAGGCACCCCAGCAGCUCCUGUUGCUGGGUGAGGCGGCGGCUGGGCCGGCCGCGGCUGCAAUGCAGGGGGCGCCGGGGGCUGCGGCAACAGGUGGAAUGGGCGGGGUGGGCGCCGCCGCGGGGACAGCGCCUUGUGGCGCUGCUGCAGCGGAUGCCGCAUGCUUUGCAGCGGCAGCCGGCUGCGCUGGUGCUGUCCCUACCGGGGCUGGCUGCGCGCCGCUACCAGGUGCAACGCUGGCGUCCGCAGCGUCGAUGGGCUGUGCGGCCAUACCCGGCAGUGCUAACGGCGGGGCAGGAUCCUUCAGUCGCAGCACGAGCAUGCCAGCGCCGGCGUCAGAGCGGCGGCUGGUGAAGCCGCUGGCCCCGAGCGGCCACAGCGGCAGCGUGGCGACGGAGGGCGGAGGGCCGGGAACGCCGGGUCCGGCAGGCACACCGCACCCGCUGCAGUCGCCCGUCAAGACGUCGGCAGCGGGUGGGGCUACGGGCGGCAGCGGCGCGGCGGACGGCGCGGCGGCGGCGUGGUCAGUGCGUUACCAGCGGCGCUGCCUGCCGUUUGCGCUGGAGCUGGAGUACGUUUGUGACGGCGACUCGUCCGGGGUGCUGCACUUCCUGGGCACACAGUACGGCGCGCAAGGCUGGGUGAACCCCAUGCUGGCCAAGCGCGUGGACGUGCGUGCCAGCAGCCCGACCGGCCGCACCACCGACCCGCGCGUGCUGGCCGGCCGCCAGUUCGUGCGCACCAACUUCGCGGGCCCGCGCUACGUCAACGGCGUGGCCAGCAGCUGGUGGCAGGUGGACCUGGGCGAGCAGCACCAGCUGGCCAUCACCUACUACACACUGCGCCACGACGGUUCACAGGACUUUGCGCGCAGCUGGGUGCUGCAGGGAUCCCACGACUUGUCCAACUGGGUGGACCUCAAACGCCACGCCAACGACACCACUGUCAAGGUGCCGGGCCAGUACGCCUCGUGGCCCGUGAUCGGACCCGCCGCUGCCACGCCCUACCGCGCCUUCCGCCUGCUGCUCACCGCGCCCAAUGCCUCGCCCAACCCCGCCAGCCGGUACAACUUCUGCCUCAGCAAUGUGGAGUUCUAUGGCUUUAUGUACAAGGGAAGCGGCGCGGGCGGCGGCUGGGCGGCGUCAGCAGCAGCGGCGGCAGUGGUUGCGGCAGCGGUGGGGCAGUCGGCGGGCGCCAGCAGCAGCUCUGUGUCGGCAGCGCCGCAGCCGGCAGCAGCAGCUGCAGUAAGCGGCUGCACCGCUAGCGUGGGUUCCUGCAGCACUGGCGCGGAAAGCAACGGCGGCGGUGGUGGUGGCGCCAGCGGCAGCAGCAGCAACAGCACUCCGGUCGGCAGUGCGGCCAACAGCGCUGGCACGGGUGCCGCGCUCAGCACAGAGCUGCAGGACGCGUCACUUGAUGGCCACACAAAAUAGAAAACGGCGUUGGCUGCUUGUGUGCUCAACGUUGGGAAUGCACUUCAUGCGUAAUCGUAACCCACUGAGUUGGCCGGGUUGGUAGUAUACGUAAGACGGCAGCAGGUGGGGCGUGUCAAUCGUGCAUACAGAGCCCUUUGGCAUGGUGGCAACACAGGUUCGUGAUUGACGCGUUUUUGUCCGUAUUUGAUACCGUACUUUUCGUGUUACGAACAUCGAACUGGGCCACGUCGAGUUUUGCGGCACUUCCAUGAUUGGCCGGAGCGUACAUGCAUGAUGUACGGUAGUGCGGUUGAAGAGAACCAAACCCGCGUGCGCUGAAGUGCAUCGUCAGCCACCGGGGCCCUCAGCCCUGCACCUAGGUGAUCCAGCUAGAUAAAGUCACACAGCUGGGUUAUAUAGUGGAUCUUGUGCGUCGCUGGACAGCUUGUCAUGUGUUUGGUUGAUAAGCAUCGUUGCUGUCUGUCGGGGCGUUGCCACUGGCCCAGUAGAGUC